AGCGCGGAGAGCCGAGGGGGGGCAGGCGGCGAGCGGGUGGCCCGGCCGCCCGCCUCGCAGCUCCGCUUGGCGCCGCCGGCCCACGCCGCAGUGUGUUUUGUGGACGGCGCCUUCCCAGACAGCCCGGUAGAGCCCAGCUCAGCGCCCGGCAGCCUUCGACGCGAUGUUCCGCCGGAGCUUGAAUCGUUUUUGUGCUGGAGAAGAGAAACGAGUUGGCACACGCACAGUGUUUGUUGGCAAUCAUCCAGUUUCGGAAACAGAAGCUUACAUUGCACAAAGAUUUUGUGAUAAUAGAAUAGUCUCAUCUAAGUAUACACUUUGGAAUUUUCUCCCAAAGAAUCUGUUUGAGCAGUUUAGAAGAAUUGCAAAUUUUUAUUUUCUCAUAAUUUUCCUUGUACAGGUCACAGUAGACACACCAACUAGCCCAGUUACCAGUGGACUUCCACUUUUCUUUGUUAUAACUGUUACAGCCAUCAAGCAGGGAUAUGAGGAUUGGCUGAGACACAGAGCUGACAAUGAAGUCAACAAAAGCACUGUUUACAUUAUUGAAAAUGCAAAGCGAGUGAGAAAAGAAAGUGAAAAAAUCAAGGUUGGUGAUGUAGUAGAAGUACAGGCAGAUGAAACCUUUCCCUGUGAUCUUAUUCUUCUAUCAUCUUGCACCACUGAUGGAACCUGUUAUGUCACUACAGCCAGUCUUGAUGGGGAAUCCAAUUGCAAGACACAUUAUGCAGUACGUGAUACCAUUGCACUGUGUACAGCAGAAUCCAUCGAUACCCUCCGAGCAGCAAUUGAAUGUGAACAGCCUCAACCUGACCUCUACAAAUUUGUUGGGCGAAUCAAUAUCUACAGUAAUAGUCUUGAGGCUGUUGCCAGGUCUUUGGGACCUGAAAAUCUCUUGCUGAAAGGAGCUACGCUAAAAAAUACCGAGAAGAUAUAUGGAGUUGCUGUUUACACUGGAAUGGAAACCAAAAUGGCUUUGAACUACCAAGGGAAAUCUCAGAAACGUUCUGCUGUUGAAAAAUCUAUUAAUGCUUUCCUGAUUGUAUAUUUAUUUAUCUUACUGACCAAAGCUGCAGUAUGCACUACUCUAAAGUAUGUUUGGCAAAGUACCCCAUACAAUGAUGAACCUUGGUAUAACCAAAAGACUCAGAAAGAGCGAGAGACCUUGAAGGUUUUAAAAAUGUUCACCGACUUCCUAUCAUUUAUGGUUUUAUUCAACUUUAUCAUUCCUGUCUCCAUGUACGUCACAGUAGAAAUGCAGAAAUUCUUGGGCUCCUUCUUCAUCUCAUGGGAUAAGGACUUUUAUGAUGAAGAAAUUAAUGAAGGAGCCCUGGUUAACACAUCAGACCUUAAUGAAGAACUUGGUCAGGUGGAUUAUGUAUUUACAGAUAAGACUGGAACACUCACUGAAAACAGCAUGGAAUUCAUUGAAUGCUGCAUAGAUGGCCACAAAUAUAAAGGUGUAACUCAAGAGGUUGAUGGAUUAUCUCAAACUGAUGGACCUUUAACAUAUUUUGACAAAGCAGAUAAGAAUCGAGAAGAGCUGUUUCUACGUGCCUUGUGUUUAUGUCAUACUGUAGAAAUCAAAACAAAUGAUGCUGUUGAUGGAGCUACAGAAUCAGCUGAAUUAACCUAUAUCUCCUCUUCACCAGAUGAAAUAGCUUUGGUGAAAGGAGCUAAAAAGUACGGGUUCACAUUUUUAGGAAAUCGAAAUGGAUAUAUGAGAGUAGAGAACCAAAGAAAAGAAAUAGAAGAAUAUGAACUUCUUCACACCUUAAACUUUGAUGCCGUCCGGCGACGUAUGAGUGUAAUUGUGAAGACUCAAGAAGGAGACAUACUUCUCUUUUGUAAAGGAGCAGACUCGGCAGUUUUUCCCAGAGUGCAAAAUCAUGAAAUUGAGUUAACUAAAGUCCAUGUGGAACGUAAUGCAAUGGAUGGGUAUCGGACACUGUGUGUAGCCUUCAAAGAAAUUGCUCCAGAUGAUUAUGAAAGAAUUAACAGACAGCUUAUAGAGGCAAAAAUGGCCUUACAAGACAGAGAAGAAAAAAUGGAAAAAGUUUUCGAUGAUAUUGAGACAAACAUGAAUUUAAUUGGAGCCACUGCAGUUGAAGACAAGCUACAAGAUCAAGCUGCAGAGACCAUUGAAGCUCUGCAUGCAGCAGGCCUAAAAGUCUGGGUGCUCACUGGGGACAAGAUGGAGACAGCUAAAUCCACAUGCUAUGCCUGCCGCCUUUUCCAAACCAACACCGAGCUCUUAGAACUAACCACAAAAACCAUUGAAGAAAGUGAAAGGAAAGAAGAUCGAUUACAUGAAUUAUUGAUAGAAUAUCGUAAGAAAUUGCUGCAUGAGUUUCCUAAAAGUACUAGAAGCUUUAAAAAAGCAUGGACAGAACAUCAGGAAUAUGGAUUAAUCAUAGAUGGCUCCACAUUGUCACUCAUACUAAAUUCUAGUCAAGACUCUAGUUCAAACAAUUACAAAAGCAUUUUCCUACAAAUAUGUAUGAAGUGUACUGCAGUGCUCUGCUGUCGGAUGGCACCGUUACAGAAAGCCCAGAUUGUCAGAAUGGUGAAGAAUUUAAAAGGCAGCCCAAUAACUCUGUCGAUAGGUGAUGGUGCCAAUGAUGUUAGUAUGAUCUUGGAAUCCCAUGUGGGAAUAGGUAUUAAAGGCAAAGAAGGUCGCCAAGCAGCUAGGAAUAGCGAUUAUUCUGUUCCAAAGUUUAAACACUUAAAGAAACUGCUAUUGGCUCAUGGACAUCUAUAUUAUGUGAGAAUAGCACACCUUGUACAGUACUUCUUCUAUAAGAACCUUUGUUUCAUUUUGCCACAGUUUUUGUACCAGUUCUUCUGUGGAUUCUCACAACAGCCACUGUAUGAUGCUGCUUACCUUACAAUGUACAAUAUCUGCUUCACAUCCUUGCCCAUCCUGGCCUAUAGUCUACUGGAACAGCACAUCAACAUUGACACUCUGACUUCAGAUCCCCGAUUGUAUAUGAAAAUUUCUGGCAAUGCCAUGCUACAGUUGGGCCCCUUCUUAUAUUGGACAUUUCUGGCUGCCUUUGAAGGGACAGUGUUCUUCUUUGGGACUUACUUUCUUUUUCAGACUGCAUCCCUAGAUGCAGAAAAUGGAAAGGUAUACGGAAACUGGACUUUUGGAACCAUUGUUUUUACAGUCUUAGUAUUCACUGUAACCCUGAAGCUUGCCUUGGAUACCCGAUUCUGGACGUGGAUAAAUCACUUUGUGAUUUGGGGUUCUUUAGCCUUCUAUGUAUUUUUCUCAUUCUUCUGGGGAGGAAUUAUUUGGCCUUUUCUCAAGCAACAGAGAAUGUAUUUUGUAUUUGCCCAAAUGCUGUCUUCUGUAUCCACAUGGUUGGCUAUAAUUCUUCUAAUAUUUAUCAGCCUUUUCCCUGAGAUUCUUCUGAUAGUAUUAAAGAAUGUAAGAAGAAGAAGUGCCAGGAGAAAUCUGAGCUGUAGAAGGGCAUCUGACUCAUUAUCCGCCAGACCUUCAGUCAGACCUCUUCUUUUACGAACAUUCUCAGACGAAUCUAAUGUAUUGUAACAGAAUCCGAAUCUUGAACUGCCUAUGUUAUUGUCCUACAAGCAUACUGACAGUGGUUACAGCUAAAAAAGAAAGCAUGAAGAAACAACUACAAAAAGUUAUCAUCUCAGGAUACUUGAUAUGCAACACACUAAACCACUCUCAUGUCUAGAGUUCACAAUAAAUGUUCAUUAAAAUACCAAAUGAUUCUCUUAAGCAUUUACAAUUAUUGUAAGUAGCCUUUAUGGCCAAAGCUGUAAGUUAAGAAUUAUAUGAAAGUUGAAAGCAAGAAUACUUAGAAUUCUGGCUUUAGAUAGAAUAAUAUAACUCAAAUGGGUGCUCUUUUAACCCAUGAACUUUGUGAAUGGAUUUAAAUAACAAUAGUAUGAAGUAGAAGUUAUGCAAUGAGAAUGGAUAGAUUUUGCUAAUACUACUUUUUUUGCCUGGCAGAAGAAAUAGACUAUUUGGAUCACAUUUCUCAUUCCUCCUAAAUGAUCAUCUUAAUUUUUUUUCCAAAGUACAUAAGGAAUACUUGAAAAUACAGAAUAACUAAAUAGUAUCAAUGCAUCAGACGGACUAGUUAAUCCCUUCUGUUUACCCACGUGCUACUUAUGUCUUGGUAGAAUAUUCUUGCUAAAAAAAUACCUUGAACUCUUAUGUGGAAAGUGUUAACUUACGGGUAUUUUUGUGAGAAUAGAAAAAAAUUGUUUAUUUUUUAUUCUUCUGAAUUAAACCCCACUUAUGGGUGUAAGCCUACUAGACUUGAAAAUAAAGUAUAAAACAUUUCCAAUCACUUAGUAGCCCCUCAAAGUAGUUAGAAAAUAAACAGAUUUUUCCAGUGUUGAUUUUACUGGGAUCUGCAGUAAGGUGGUUUAAACCAUAGUUAUAUAAAAAUAAAGGUCAUUCUGAAUAUCAGCCUUUUAUAAUUUUAUGUGAA